AUGCAGUCUGGAAUCUCAGCAUCGAAAGAAUUGCAGGAUGCAUUCAACAACCUCGUGUCCUCAUCCUCACAACGAGGCCUCCUAGCAACGAUAAAGAACGAAACCCUCGUACCUCUCGAAACUCUGCAAGCCAGUGGAGAAUUCCACAGCGAUCUGUCUGGCCUGUCGCAGUACCUUAGCAAGGAUGAAGCGAGAUAUAUUCUGCUCAAGCAAGAUGGCUCGGCAGCCGACGGCUACAUCGCCGUAACAUACGUACCCGACACAGCCAAUGUGCGCCAGAAGAUGCUGUUCGCCUCGACACGUUUGACUCUUGUGCGUGAGCUGGGAGUCGAACGUUUCCGCGAGACCGUCUUCUGCACUACGGCUGAGGAGCUUACACCGGCGGGCUGGGAUCGUCAUGAGAAGCACAACCGUCUGGAUGCACCUUUGACUGAGGAGGAGGCUGGUCUGAAACACAUCAAGGACACCGAGGCGCUGGAGAGUAGUGGAGGUACUGGUGGUAGAAGUCUGCCCAGUGCAGGUAUCGCCCUCAACCUUGGUGACGAGGUCAGCGACGCUCUCGAGAGUCUCAAGGAUUCUCGUGAAGGCUCGCUGGUCAUGAUCAGAAUCGAUGUAGCAAGCGAGACCCUACACCUCGACGCUUCGAAACAAGACGUCCAACCCGCCAACCUCAGCUCCGAGAUCAGCUCAUCGGAGCCCCGCUACUCCUUCUACAACUAUCCUGGUCAGCAAGGCGUUGUCUUCAUGUACAGCUGCCCUAGCAAGAGCAAGAUCAAAGAGCGCAUGGUCUACGCCUCGUCCCGCUCGCAGCUCGUCACCCUGGCCUCGAACGUUGGCCUGAACAUCACAAAGCGUCUCGAAGCCAGCUCUCCUGAUGAGUGGUCAGCAAGCACACUGGCCGAGGAGUUUCAGGAACAAAAGGUCGAGACCAAGACGUUCGCGAGACCCAAGAGACCUGGAAGAAGGUAG